AUGGGUUCUAAGGCUCCAGAGGCUGAUGGAUAUAAAUUGUGGUACUCAGGCCGCGUGAGGGAUAAGAAUGGGGUAGACAUCUUGGUUGACAUGGAUCUUAGGGAGCUAGUGGUAGAAGUUAAGAGGGUGAAUGACAGGUUGAUGGCUAUUACGCUGGUUGUGGGAAGAUCUACUUUAAACGAGGAGAUUUCAAUGGUCACAGUGGGGCGACCUCUAGGGGUUAUGACGAUGUGCAUGGGCUUUGGUUUUGGAGUUAGGAACGGAGGUGGUACUUCGCUGUUGGACUGUGCUAAAGCCUUUGAUUUG